CGACGGUUGCAACAGGCGCAGAUCUCAAGAUACGUCCAUGCAGAUCUACGCGAGUGUCCGAAGGCUGGCGUUGGGAGCGCCUGCCAUGCGAGUGCUCCAUGGUGUGGUGGCGGCGGUGGCGUACUUUUUUUGCAACUUUACCACGUUGGAAGCUGUGCUGUUGGACGUGCUGUUGGAUCUCGGUAGCCGCAUGGUGGCGACGGCACUGGCAUGGCCGGAUGCUAGCUAUGUGGCUAGCAAGUACGUGCGGCUGAAAGACCCGGAGUUUCACCUGGAGGGAGAGAUUCCGCACAUUCGAUUUGACUUGUCCUACACCACGAAUCUGACGUCAAUCUCCAAGCUCUUCCACAACCCCGAGCUAUUUCAUCAACUUGAAGCAGCAACGAUUCGCCCUGCCAUGCGACGAGUGCUACCAUCGUUUGUGCUGGAGCAGUCGCUCACUAUCCAUGACAACUGCCUUCAAAUCCAGACAACAUCAUGUUCGAUUUGCUGGGACUCUGUCACCGACAAUCGCGGGAAGUGCAACGCGGCCCAUCAUCUUCCUUGCGGCCAUGGUUUCCAUCUCCAAUGCAUUCGUGAAUGGAUGAAGCGAGAUUCUACCUGCCCACUGUGUCGACGAUCUCUGCCUUCGGUUCAAGACACGUUUGAGAUUGACCACGUCGCCACCAAACUUGUCCCCCGAAACGCUCGCCUUUCCCGCGGUGAAAUGGUCGUCAUGCUUAAGCGAAGAGCAGCUGAAUCUGGUGCAUCAGUCGAUGGGUUUCCAAUUCGAUGCACUGUGGAUGGUCGCUUACCGUCACGCUCGACUCUGCUUCACUGGCGCCGUCGGGGCAUGAUCUCGUUAAAGCGCUUCAUCCGCAAAUGGCUGCGAGAGUAUGUGAUCCACUUCGUCGUUUUUGCCAUGUGCUACAAAGGUCUCCUCAUCAGCAUGACUUGGAUAUGA